GAAGACUCAUUGGCGAGAUUAUGGAACGUAACAGAUGACCAAAUAGAACGUUUAAUAGAGAUUGAGACCCAAUUAAUAGCGGUGGAUGAUGCCGUAAAAGGAGUAGCUCCGGUUGCACAUUUAUUAGUGUUUGAACAAGCUGCAAAUAAUCUUUCCCUACCUAACUUACAAGAUAGACAGAGAGAAUUAAAAAGAAUAGCUGAUGAACAUAAUCCAAUUUUUGUUACUAUUUUCAUUGAUGUAAGACUUAAUAAUAACGUUAUAGCUCUAUAUCGUGAACAUGAAAAUCAGAAUAAAGAAUUUAUGCAAGCUAUACAAGCACCUGGACUAUUUAAUUCCCCUCCAAUUUUCGAACGUAAGAAUUUAAAUAAUAAUGGUCAAAAUAAUUUAAAUGUUAUGAAACGCCAACCUUUUAUAGCAAUCCCUGCAUUAGCUGGUGAUGGUUUUACUAAUUUAGCUGAAGAUUUGACAUGUUCAUUGGGCUUUUGGGCAAAAAGGAGACAAACACAGGAGAAUGUUUUUGUAUCCUCAGGACGUUGUUUUCGAUUUGAUCAAGAUUAUUAUCUUAAACCAUGGGGUUUACCAAAUUUACCUUUAUCAGAUGUACGCAAUCAUAUUGGAAAAAUGGAUAAUAGAGUAGUUCAUAAUGAAACCAAUUACAGUAUCCUCAGAGUAGAAGGUGACGUCGAACCAAUCGGAUUCAUAAAGAAUAUUGAUUCUCCUGAUUAUGCAGAGCUCCGUAUAAUUGAUAAUAAUGGUUUAGAAAACGAUUUUAUAGAAACCAAUAAUCUUGGUGUUCAUUUAUGCAAAUCUGGCUACCAUACACGUGUUACUUGUGGUUUUCUAAGAGCACAUACUGCUCGCUUUUUUGAUGCAAUUGAUCCUUAUAGAAUUAAUUACGUUAUAGACAUGGAUAGUAAUACUGGAGAUCUUGGAGGUCCUGUAUAUAAUCAUUAUGAUCGUUCUCGUGUGAGUAUAUAUGGUAUAAUCAAUGGAGCGAUAGGAGAUAUUACCUUAUCGACAGAUGUGGAUAAUAUUCUUGAUGAUGCUAACUUAGACUUUGUUAAUUUCCUUGGGGAAUUGGUUAAUAAUUAA